UCCUUCAGCUGUGCACUGUGAUGCUGCUGCGGGUCUUUUUUCGGCUACGUUGCUAAUGUUUUAUACAUUUUACAAGUUACACAACAUUCACAAGGGAAGUUGCAUAACCCCUGGUCAUGACCCUUGUCUGACAAAUGCGUGAAAAUGUUUUCAUCUGUUUCGAGUAAAGGGGUUAUCGGACGGAUGAUGGCUUCACUGCGGGACCGGCUUAGCCGUUUGGCUUCUUCGGCAGAUCAGGAGCGCACGGAAGUGGGUGCUGAUUUCCUAGCGCUGUCCCAGUGUGUCACUUUCCUGUCGUUGCACGCUUCGUCGGGGGAGAGGCUGACUAAUGUCCAGGCAGUCCUAGAGACCGUUGAGCAACUCAGCGAGUGCCUGACUCGGAUCCACACUACUCAUCAGCACCACAUCUCAGCCAAGGGAGUCCCAGUCCACUUGUUACCAUUCCCCAAAGAAGAAGGCUUAAUCUUGUCACUCGCCUGUCAAGUUAUGAGCCAGUUGUACGUCGACCAGGCCAACAACUCAAAAGUCUUCCAGAAAUCCAAAAAGGCCCUUGAGAAACUCAUGAGCUUACAGCCGGAAACCAGAAGCCAUGUUGAGGAGAGGUUUCGAAAACUGAUUGCUAUGCCAGCACGUGAGGGAGGAAUAAGUGGAGAAGACUUGAACAAAGUCUCUUGUCUGCUGGAGUCCAGUGAUCUUGUCAGAGGAUUCCUGGAAAGUAAUUUCCAUCAAAUCCUUUCCUGCAUUGCCCAAACUCUGAACUUUGAGAUCAAGACACACAGCAGGCCAGACACCGGCUGUGUUCAGCCCAGCCGGGCACCAGCUAUGGAUGCAAGCUACCAAGCAGCUAAGGUGUUUCUGCAGAUGUGCCAGCAUGGACAAGAACUACUACGACCGUUGCUAUGGGAACCAGGAAGGAAUAAUCGUCCUCCGAGCAAUGAAUGCCAUUAUGACCUCCAUCAGAUCAUCUCAGGCUUAAUAACACUCUUGGAGAGCCAGCGGUUUUCCAAAGAUUGCGGCCUCCUGGCUGGCAGUGCCCUGGCCAUGAUGAUGAAUUCAGCACCUCAGCCAAGACAAGCUGCAGAGGCAGUGGCAAAUCUCCUGACCAGAUACUCCUCCAAACAAAUUCCUGUAGGCAGAGGAAGCUCAAACGAGGUGCAGAUAGGAACAUUCGUGAAGGACGCUGUACCUUUGGUGCCCCUUCCCUCUACAACAUUUGCCAGACUUGCUAUCACCAGAGGUGUCCUGGCAUGCUGCAGCAAGGCCAUACUCCUACAGGAUGUGUGGGCAAACCAAGAGCGUCAGGUUCUUUGCACCGAUGUGCUCUUCGCUGUAGUAUGUGACCUGUGCGAGAAGGCAGACGGGGAGUUGAAAUAUCACGCCAGCGAAGCCUUGAAACUCUACCUUCAAGCAAUGAAGCAUCUCCUGCCAACUCUCUGCAAGGACUCCCUCCGGCUUUUUGGCCCAGAUGCUGCCCACACGCAGAGCGUCCUGCGGCUAGUCUGGCUGGAGUGGCAGAGUCCAGUGGACGGAGUGACAGAAAUGAUGCGGUCAGCGCUGUCCACCCUGCUGGACUUACAUCAUCGGGAGAACAAGAAGCAAGGAGUCACAGACUCUCAGUUGGUGGACUCCAUUGCCAGCUCUCUACUGGGCACGGCGUGGCACAUCAAGGGACGGUACCUCCUCCUGUCCAGUCUGGUACCCCACUCCGGUGCCACACGCCUCCUGGCAGCCCGGCCCAGCCUGCCCAGAGAGCUCCUGCGCUGCUUGGCGACCAAUCACUUGGCCGCUGCUGCUACUGAGCUGCACAGCACCCUGGUGCGGAAACUGAGGGAGGAAGGCGUGGCUGGUGGGCACAGCCAUGGAGAUUGGGAGGAGGAGAGACAGGCCGAGGCAUGGGGGAGUGUGUGGAAGGACGUCAUGCUGGAGGGACUGUGCAGCAAAGACAGUUUGAUCAGAUACCACACGGCCAAGUACUGGCUACCAUCAGCCCUCAAGAGCUUCCCUGGUUGCUUCAGUGUCCUGAUGGAUAGCUUGGCCAGAGGAUCGCCAAGUCAGCCGCAGCAAGCACAAGUGGAUGACUUGGGCAUCCGCAACCUGCACACAUGUGUCAUCCUGCUGAAAUAUGCCCGGAUAAGCAGCCUGCUGAGUUCUGAUUGGCUAGACAAGUACAAAGACAUCAUCUCAGCAGGACUCUGGCACUCAGAGGACAACAUCCAAGCUGACGCCUUCGCGCUCCUGUGCUGCUCCCCCAAGAAAUCGGAGCUCCCCUCUGAGGCCGAGACAGGCUUGCUGCGGGAGACUCUCCCCCACUUCCUGAAUUCCGAUUCAGCCGCAUUCCGCAACCAACUGCGGCACAAUGUGAACAUGUUCGUGACCAGGCUGUGCGACGGCAGUCUCGCCCUGUUGAAACGACUCACAAAGCUCGUUGCUGAAACAGAGGAGAGCGAUCUCUCUCAGAAGAUGGGCGAGGCACACGUGAGCGAGAGGAAAACCAAAGGAUCCUCUUCACAUGUUGGCAAUGGACUCACUGAAACUGAGAGUGCACAACUAUCCCUUCUAAAGGAAAGACUCCUCCAGGCAGUGGACUGCCUAGAUUGGCUAAUAGAAAUGUGUUUUGGGUCUCUAUUCCCGGGAGCCUGCUAUCAACGCAAGCGAGCAGCCUUGGACAUUCUGGCCGUUGUAUUCGAAAGUUUGUUGUCUGCAGACAAGCAGCAAAACACUAAAGUUUUAAUGACAUGGGCUUUGGAUCACGGAAAAUGCAACUUGCUCUCUGAAAGGAACGCCUCCCUCCUUCUGGAGUGCAUCCAGGACAGCUCCAAUGACCUCAGGUCAUCGUCCUACCACCUGCUGGCCACCUUCUACCCAGCACCCCUCCCUUCCUCCUCGGCCUACCCCUACACCUCCUCCUCCCAAGUCCUAUGCACGGCGUUGCAGUUGGUAUCCAGCCCCAAGGUACAGGAGAGUGAGGCUGGAGCAUUGCUUACCAAGCUGAUAUUCUACAAACACUCGGUUGUCAAGAGCCUCAAGAAACUGGACGGCGACAUGAGUUCCCCACCUGGUUCACCUGUCAAAUCCAACAGCCCCUCCACCGAGAAUGGAACAGUCCAUUUUGUGGAGUCUCUCUUGACGAGCCUCGCCUUCCAGCUCAAGUGCUGCAAGCGGAACCUGCUGCAGGCUGCCUCGGUCACGCCCAUGCAUGGUCUGAUCCGUGCCAUCCGUAGGUGUGUGACUGAGCAGCCGACCAUGCUGGGACCCAUCUUUGCCUCAGACCCUGCAAACUGGUCAGCCCUCAUGGAGAAACUCCUGGCCAUCGUCCAAGACAUCACUGGCUUCAUCCUGCUCAUCCUGUCGGGCCGGGACAGGUUGUCACCCUCCCUGGAGGUACAGGAGGAGAAGGAAGGGCAGGGCAAGGCGUCCACGAUGAUGGCGCCUUCGUUUGGCCAGAUGGGAGAGGCCAUCGAACGUCUGAUAGCGGACUUGGCAGCCUACAGGACAGGGGAGGAGGAGGCUGGAGAAGGAGGCAAUGAGGAGAUGCUGGGGCUGUCGGAGGAACAUCAGCUGAUCCUUGCCUGCUGCUGGCUCAAUCUCAAGGAGUGUAGCUUACUCUUAGGAGGUUUGGCUGAAGCCCUGCCAAUGUGCAGUGAGGGCGACCCGGGCAUAUUGACCUUUGACCAGGUGACCAUGAUGGCCAAUAUCUUGGUAGCCAUUCUGACCAGGUGUCGGCACAAGGGUGCUAUUGAUGGCUGCAACCAGGGCUUUGCUAGGCUGUGCUCUCGCCUCCUGGCCAGUCCCUGUCCAGAGCUGCAGGCCAUACCCAAGACCCUGCUUGACCGGGUCCUGGCGCUGGUUACCGACGAAGGAGCUGGUUCCUCCUUCACCAAGAAGAGUGCAGGGCUCCCUCUGCUGGUGGAAUCUAUCGUCAGUGCCGAGCCACGGGGACGAGAGAGACCACUGCUGGCCUACGUCAUGACUAAGCUGAUGGCCCUAGCCAACGAGCCCCUACCAUCCAACCCCAACGACAGGCUGGACUUGCCACAGGCCCACGCCCUCAACGUCAUGAUGGCGCUCUUCCGCUGCUCGGCGGUGGGCACCGACAUGAUGAAGCACUGCCCCGGGGCAGUGGAGAUGGCCAUCAGCGGGUUUGCGUCGCCCUGCUGGAUGAUCAGGAAUUGCUCCAUGAGACUAUUUGGUGCUCUUGUUGCUCGCAUGUUCGGACAGAAGAAAGUACAGGAUGAACACUCGCAGAUCAACACCAUGUCCGCAAUCACCUUCUUCACCCGCUACCCGGCUCUUCAGCACUUCCUCCUCAAGGAGCUGAGAAAGUUUAAAUUAGGAGAAGAGCUGAAGGGUAGUGAAGAUGAAGACGACACAAAAGCUGGAGGGAGACUGAGUGGAGGGGAUGAGAUGGAAAGCAGCUCAGUGGAGUGGAGACAGGGACAGGAUGCAGUGGUGGGCAGUUCUGGUGAGGCCGGCCAAGGCAUGGCGGGAGAUGGAGUUGGCCAGAGGGGCGGGCUGGUUGGAGCAGGAGGAGGUAGGAGAGAUGAGGGAAGACUGUUUCUCCAUCCCAGUCUCCAUCCAGUGCUCACCUUACUGUCCAAACUGGGGCCAGGGGUUGGCAACAGUGACACUCAGUCAUUGUGGGAAUUUGUUGAACCUGUGAAACAGCUGGCCGGCAGUGCAAUAUGCGCUGUGCGUGAACUGGCAGCCCGCUCUCUGGUUCCCCUCAUACGGCAACAUGAUGUGCCACAGGAGAUAGUCGGAAUCAUUGACCAGUUGCCUGGCAUUGCCGAGUCUGCGCGAGAUUGCAAUCGUCUUCACGGAGAAUUGCUGCAGGUGGAGAAGUUGUUCCAGGCAGCCCUGCAGAACGAAAGUAUUCAACAGGAAGACCUGGUCGGAAUCCAAGCCAAGCUGGGUGACAGAACAUGGAUAGCGGGGCACAGCAACCCCUGUGCGCCUGUCAGAGCUCUGUUUGUCAACGUGGCACUGGCGGUGCUUGCUGAGUGCCACCGAGUUUGUCCAGAUUCAGGGGCCAUGACGCUUGCAGUGGAAAUGAGGAGAAUUCUGAGGGCAUAUUUUGAGGGUACUCCUUCACCGUUUCAGAUUGGUGUAGCCACACUCAAUAAAGCCAUGUCAACUGCCUACCUCAGACUGAUCAAAAUGACCCCUGAUUCUUUGACACCUGACUUGCUGACCUCCGUCCAGGCUCUUCUGACCUCUCAAGACCCAGAUGUGAAAUUAGCCACCCUGGGCUACCUGCAGUCUAGCCUGACAGGCGUGCUGCGAUGCUGCAACACCGCAAGUAUUCAGUCGCUCCAGCAAAGGAUGGUGGACUUGCUAACGUGUCCACAGCAAGACAGUAGCUGUCUGGAGAGGUCCAUUGCACUUUGGGUGGAGUUAGGACAAGGAGCGCAGGGUUCUCAAACCCAGCCAUCCUGUGAUUGGGAGUGUCUCUGGAAUGCACUGAGGGGAUUGGUGGAGGGCCAAAGGGGGAGUGGUCUAGUUGCAGCGUCAUUGCCUGCUAUUGGUCAGAUGUUGCAAUGGAACCACAUUAAAGACAGUUGGACACAUAUUGAUGCCUGGUGCAGCUGGAUGGUUAAAUACAGCCAUCCCACGCAAAGCGAGACUAUACGAUUGGCUGCCGGCCAGUCAAUGAAAAUAGCUGCACCUGCAGUGUGGAGCCAGAUAGCAGAGCAGCUCAGCGAGGAUAGGAUAGACAUAGCAUUGGAUUUGAUGGUAGUACUGCUCCGUCUCUUACAAGAUGAACUCCAAGAUGUUCGACUGGAGGCUGCAGAGGUCGUGUCGCUGCGGUUACCAAGAGAGUCAGUCUGUCCUCAGCAUAGGCAUCUGCACUGCAAUGCUGCUCAGGGGGUGCUUCUUGGCUACCUGUGCCAAGCAUUUUCCUGGUCUCCAAAAUUCAUGACAUCGGUUGUCUGCUUGCUUCACGGAUCGGUGGAUGUGCUGGAGACAACUGAACAGCUGGCAUCUGGUGGCUCUCAUCUCUUCGGACAGGAAAGCGCCAACAUUUAUGCUGAGGGCAUCAUGGAGGCAAAACUUCUGUAUCAAGCAAUCAUGCACACAGUGGAGAGGGAGCAAGCAGCACACCCGGACGGUUUCCAGACCUGGCUUUGUGGCUGGUACGAGGGGGUGCCUCAGCUGCUGGAUGCCCACGAAGACCUGGUCAACACACAGCAAAUCCUGGAAACAUACACGGCACUAGGGGGAACAUUCUGCGGUGUGUCCAGCCACAGCAAACCCUAUCAAGCCAUCUACAGGCAACUGCUCUACGUCAGGCUCCUCUGCUCAGUAGCCAAGGGACUUGAAGUAGACGAGAUCACUUCAGGAGCGAUGAGCGAACUUCAGGAGACCGUGAAGCAUAUGGCCGAGAUGCCCUCAGUUCAUCCAUGCCUGAAGACUGAACUCUCCUCCCUCCACGAGUUUCUCACAGAAUGAAAGCGACAACUUAACCCCAACUUGGCUGUGAUCAGAGAGACCAAGAUAUUUCCCACCUACCAACAUCUAUGACUUCAGUUGUUCACUUUGAAAGAAUACAAAACUAGCAGGCUAGCCCCUGUCCAUCAAAAAAAUUGCAAAGCAUACAUUUCUCUAACAUGUAGCAUUUAUAAGUGAAAGCAAUUAAAAAUAGACUUGUACACUUGUUGGAAAGACAAAUGAUGCAUUGCUUCAUUUAGUCUCUCACCCUUUACUCUUGCAGCACUUACAGGGCUGUACUGACGAAUGGUUGAAUAUUUUAACAUUCAAUCACAAAUAUUCAGAUAUAUAUUCUCAAAAUCCAAUAUUCGGCGUGUAAAAAUCAAUGAACUAACAAGGAAAUAUGCAAUUAUUUAUUUAAGAAAAUUGGAUUUGUUAAGGCAGCUGAAGUGUAUGCCCAACAAAAAAAGCAAGAAAAUGACCGUCCAGCAUUCCUUUUUUUCGUGUCUUUUUUUUGUGGGGGGUGGUCUUUUUGGGGGGCUACUUUUUGUGGUGCUUGGUCUGACUUGCUCCAAAGGCCAUAAAACACUAACCAGGUUAUGGGCACCUGUGCUAAAGCUCAGCGAGACAGGUAACCACAUAAACAUGCGUAUUAUGUUUCCAAUCUUGUAUAACCAAAUAUUCCAACAUUUGAUCAAAUGGAAGGUGGAAAUUUGAAUGUUCAAUUAUUCAAAUUGGCUCAGCUUAAAAACUUAGGAAGUCUUGAGCUGUAUGUAUCACAUAUUCGACUUCAUAAAAUGAUACUUUUUGCAUGGUAUUGACCUCAUCAUGUGGCAGCCAUCAUGCUUUUAUACAAUUCAUGUGUAACCAAGUCUGUUCUCUUCUAUGUUAUAUCACUGUUGCCAAUAGGUCUACAGGGAACAAGACAAACAUGGCAGCAUCCUGAAAAAGGUCUGUAGCCGUCAUGGUCGUCAAUCGAAAGAAGCUGGAAACAGUGGCAAACUUGGGGGAAAUUACAGAAGGGGCAUCUGGGGGUUCACACAUUUUGUCCAAGGGGACACUGAAAUAAAUUGACUGGGGUUUGUACAUAGACUUUAGUACAUUUCCAAAUUUCGGGGGGGGGGGGGGUUUACCCCCGGGGCACAGACUUCCACUGGUGGGCAUGCCCCCGUACUCCCUCCCCCAUCAUUUACACCACUGGUUGGGACAGAGAUUCUAAUUUCUUCCUUAAUUUCACCUCUCAGCUCCUCAGAUGUGCUUGCCUUUGGCAACUUUAAUUCAUCCCUCCCCUAGCAACAACUUAUUCCCGUGGCACUUUUUUGUAACUUUGCUUGAACAUCAGGUUUUCAUUUAUCAAAGCUUAGGUAUGAAUUUCACUCAUUCAUUAAAGUUUUUAAAUAAAUUUAUGACACUUAUGUAAACAUGCACAACAUCAUUUUAAAAUAAAUUUUCUUCAGAGGAUGCAACAUUGAAAAGACAAUCUUUUUAUUGUACAUUUUAACUUUAUGUAAUAAAAAUACGAAUGGUGUUAUCAAUAAUUAAAAAAACUAGAUAUUUUGGGACACUUCAAUUCUACCGUUAGUGCAAUAAGGGAAGGACAUCGGCCUUGGUGGAAUUUUAUUUCCUGCAUUUGUCACCACAAAUUUGUUGCAAAUACAUUGAAUAUUUGUAUGAGAGCCCUAGCUUUAUGAAUUCAUUUUACUUGAAGAUUUUUAUGUUAUUUUAGGUACCGAGAAGGCAAUAAUAUCACGUUAGUGCUGUUCAUGGCAUAACGGGUGAAAGGAUAUUACAAAUGGAAUUUAACCAGAUCCCAGGUCAUCUUUGAUGUCUUUUUUCCGGUUAUGGUAAUAAAAUUACUUUUAUGGGACAGAAGUUGGA